AGAAGUCCCUACUAUGACAAAUCAGAAUAAUAUGAAAUGGUGUUCUUGUGCAACUUUUGGGUUGAUUACGUUCCCUGACCAUAAUUCCGACAUGAAUGUAGCAUAAAAAAUGGGGCGGAGCGUGUAAUAGGUUCAAAUGUCUGUCAAUUAAAACAGUCUCUGAUUGGUUACAACCUCAAACACGCCUCCAACCGCCAGGUGACGGGUGUUUGGACGCUGCAGAACAUUACUACUGUAUUAAAUAGGAUGUCAAAAUAGUCCGCGACUUGUGAGAACUGCCUUAAUAAUGACUGAAACUGACUUGGGUUUGGCAUGCCAACAUGUCCUUCUUGACAAAACGCCAGUUCAGCUGCUUCACGAGUAUGGCACUAAAACUGGCAAUGUGCCUUUUUACAUGAUGGAGAGAGCAGAUGGAGAAGCCCACCAACCGCUCUUCAUCUUUAGUGUUACCAUUGGAGACAUCACCUGUACAGGCCAGGGUCCCUCUAAAAAAGCUGCCAAACAAGAGGCUGCAAUGGUGGCUCUGAAAAUACUGGAGUUAGACAUUGAAAAAUGCCCUCCAAAUCAAAGGAUUGAAAAUAAUGACUGUGGUGGUGAAGUAAACGACCAGCCUAAUCCAGUAGGAAUACUGCAGGAGCUUGCGAUGCAGAGGUCCUGGCGUCUCCCAGAAUACAUAGUAUGUUCAGAAGCAGGUCCGGAUCAUAAGAAAGAGUUUACAGUAAUUUGCCGGUUGGAGACACUCUCAGAAAAAGGUACCGGGAGCUCUAAAAAGAAUGCCAGAAGAGUAGCAGCAGAAAAGAUGUUGGAAAAACUACAUUGUCUCUCAGGGUCUACUGAGAUUACAUGGAAUCCAAAACCACAUGUAUACUUGGAGAGUUUGAGGAACUCCGAGUCGGAGAAGAUUUUGUUACUGAGGAGGAAUCCUCUCAGUAUUCCCAACAUGGACUAUGUACAGAUGAUGCUGGAGUUAUCGCAAGAGCAGGGCUUUGAGGUCACAUAUUUUGACAUAGAUGAACUUACAGUAAAUGGGCAGUACCAGUGUUUGGCUGAGCUGUCCACCAUGCCAGUUACAGUAUGUCAUGGUACAGGAAUCUCCUGCAGUAAUGCACACAAUGAUGCAGCUCACAAUGCUCUGCAAUACAUUAAGAUCAUGGCCAGCACCAAAUAAUCACCAGCUACAACCUUCCAGUCCACACUGCAUAGAUAAUAGCUUUAAAUGAACCAUCAUGAACAAAUUGGAUCAAUGUCUGAAAGUAUGCUCUGCCCAGUUUCUUAAGCUUGGCUGCAACUACAGACAUUUUGUUUAAGCUGAGGUCAGUUACUUAUUAAGAGAGAUUUAUUUAUUCCUGAUGAGUGUGUGACAACUAGGCAUCAUAGAAUCAGUUCUGACCGUAGUAUAUAAUUUUCUCAUCAAAACCAGCCAUUAUUGACAAGUUGUUCACACUCUAGAAACAGAGCACUAUAUAAACAUCAUCUGGAUUCUUUAAAAGAUUUCUUGGUUUAUAAAAUGUUAACCAGGCUUUAUAUGAACUAGCUGGGGGAGAGAGGAAAUUUGGAUAGAGAAUAGACAUAUUUUAUGAAGUGUGCCGUGUGUGAAGGAGUGUAUAUUUUUCGCUGACAUUUGUAUGUGAAAAUGAAAUGUUAUAUUUUUAAAUCCUUAUUUUGAAUGUGUUUUGUUUAUAUUUACUCCUAAUUAUUUAAACGAAUAAUCAUUCAUUCCUCUAUUACAAUUAAUUUAGUAUAUCUAUUUAUAAUUAUUCAUGGCUAUUGCAAGUCAAAUAAACCAUUUUCUUUUAUUAUUGAAAUGUCAUGUUUUCCUCAGGUUAUUUCUUUUAAUGUAACAUUUAUGUUCACAUAUUUAAUGUGAAGCACUCCACUGAGGUUUAUUACAGAAGUGUGGAAAGCAGAACGCUCCUUGAUGAACUACUGCCUACUGUGAAAAUGUUUAACAUUUUCAGGCUGUUUUACAAUUGAUGUCUAUUUACUUUAAUAAUAAGCAUAAAAAUCGAGUUAAAAAUAAUUUUUUGUAUACUGUAAACAUGUGUUGUGGCCGGAGCAUGGUUUAGCACUGGAGUCUUUGAGAAGUGGUUAAUUUGAAUGAAUGAAUGCACAUGCUUUUUUGUCUAAGCUGAGACAGCCAGUGGUUCUAAGCAAAGCAAAUUCAACUCUGUGUGUGUCUGUGUGUGUGUGUCUGUGUGUGUGUGUGUCUGUGUGUGUGUGUGUCUGUGUGUGUGUGUGUGUCUGUGUGUGUGUGUCUGUGUGUGAGUUUAAUUUCCGUUAAAUUAGUUACACUGGGAAGAUGUUUAGCAUGGUAAAAAUAAACAGAACCAUGCUCUCUUUCA